UUAUGUUUGGUAAUACUGAUUAAGGAAACACAUUUUGAAAUCUAUUUUAACCUUUUCCACAGAUCAAUGGUUUUACUUUUAUUAAAUUUCUGCUGUGAGCGGAAUAUACGGAGUUUUAAUUGUAGACAUUGUGAAAUAAGUUUUGGUCAUUGUGUAACUGCAAGUUGUUCGUCAUUUUGUGCUGUUAGAAACACAAUACGGAUUUAAGCCCGGCUUGUCACACUUCAUUUGAUCUAAGUAAAGGGUAGAGAAGAUACAACAAAUACAGAUUACAAUGUCGGGCGGGGUGGAUGCACAGCAGUUGAAUCGCUACAUUGAAAUAGAGCGGGAAGUUCAGGUGCUUGAAUCACAGAACGUCAUAAAAAAUUAUGAGGUCAAAAAUAAGGCAGCCGUGGAUGUGGAGGAAACAAUUCGAUCAGUCGAAAUUACGCUGAAACAACUGGAGAUCAACACACGCAAAGAAAAACAAGACGUGGACAAUAUUCAGACUAAAUCUAUCAAGGAUAUGUUCAAAGAUGAGGCACAUUUUCAAAGAGAGUUGAACAGGGAACAGGAGGAAUAUUUGGAGGCGCGUAACAAAGAAGAGGUUGCUAGGCAACAGCUGGCAGAUCUCCAGAAGCAACAUGGCGAGCUGGAGGGGCAGGCAAAGGCUGUGAAGGAACCUGCGGAUAAACUGAAAAAACUUUAUGAAGAGAGGGACACACUUCUAUCCCACAUUUUUGGUGGCGCUUAUGGCAGUGACCUUGAGAACAAACUCGAGGCGUUGUUUGACUCUCUGAUGGACCAGAAACAACGCAUCAGUGUGGCCAACUACAAGUGGAUGAGUGCACGCGUCCUGUUACACCACGCUGUAAGCCAGCUGGCGCAUUCAGUGCAGAAAUGGAAAGAAUUGUUGAGCAUUCCACCACAACAGGGACAUAUACGGUAUAAUAUAACAACAGAGGUACGCAACAAUUUAGUAGCUGCAAUACAGAAUAUGCAAUCUACACAGCGUUAUCUAGAAACAAUAGAAUUUCCAUAUUGCAAGCCUCAGGAGGUGGAAACUUUAACCAAAGCUACAAAUAAUAUUUACACAGACAUGCAGGACCCUCAGCGUCAUCAGCACGCAUUGCAGUGUUAUGAUGUCACAUGGCGGCGUGCAGCAGCCCUCUUGCAGUGGUUUGAUAACGUUAUCGCUAACACAAUCCAGAGGGACAUGGCAAAAAUCACUGAGGAGGGUCGGAAAGUUGAGACGGACCUGCGGGCUGAGAGGAUCAAACUGAUCCGGGAGAAGAUCAAGGAAACUGGAGGGGACGUCACUGGGCUCAAUGAUGCAGGAACAACCGGUUUUGCUGGAGGGCUUAAGGGACUCGCAGCUGGUUUCUACAACAUAGAUCAAACCAAGCUGUCAGCAGAAGACAUGGACAUGAAGGGUAUCGGAGUCACAAGACCGGCCCCUGUGGACGGAGGACCUCACGUUCCAGAUGCCCAGAAUCAGGGACCCCCACCUGCCCCUGCACCAACCCCUCUCCCCUUGUCAGAGCUGGCUCCUAUGCCCUCCGAGAAUGACCUCUUUGGUGACAUCUCAGCCCUGAAAGAGCAGUAUGCUAAGAACACGGAGGAAUACCUGAAGGCCCAGCAGAUGAACAAGGCACGCAUGGAACAGGGGCUGCAGGCAAAGCUGGCAGAGAGACGCCACAAGAAACAGGCUUAAACUUUACUGCACAGAAGCGAAAUGGCUAAGGCAACCAACAUUAAACCAGAACAGCCUGCAAGAUAUCAUCAGUGAACUGCUCAAACUGUGAUCUCUCUAAGAAGCAGCCCUCAUAAUUUUUUUUCGUAUAACAAUUUCUAGAAGUAUAAGCUUUUGGACGUUUCCUGAAGGACUGUGAUAUAAGUAAACAAAUAUUUUCAGCUGUUUUAUGUUAAGAAUAUGACAAUACAAUUAUUUGAUUCAGUCCAUGUAAUGUUCAGUAAUUUGUAUUACCUUUUUUUACCUGUUGUUUCUAGUAUUUGCCUUUUUUGGUAGAACACAUAUCUAUGAAAUGUGUACAUGUGUAGUUAAGUCUCUCUUACAGUAAAUCAAUGUUCAUACAUAACCCUCAUUAUUUGUAGUUAAAAUUUUGAUAGUGUAUUGUUUAAAAUAAUCCGUCCAAUGCUUAGUUUGUCUCAUAUAUAUUGUCUGUGUUGAUUUUUUUAUUUGUUAACAUUCAAUCGUUUGUUUUUAUACAAAUCAUACACAUUUUAUGCAUAUAUGUUAAUUCUAUAAUUAUUAUUAUACACUGAAUAAUUUACAUCCUUGUCAGAUCAUUGUCGUUUACAUUUAUUUUUGUUAAAUAUUUGCUGUCUUCAUAUUUAAUUAAGAAAAAAACAACUAAAUAUACAUAUUUCAUAAUUUAUAAUUAUUUUUUAAUUAUUUUAAUAUUCAAGUCUUUGAUAAAAGUGGUUUCAAUUAAUUCAUGGCCUUCAUUUUUUUAUGACCCCAAAAGAGGGCAUAUAGUGAUCUGUCUGUCUGUCACACUUUGCGUUUAGGUUUUGAAAAAUGCUCAUAACUUCUAUGUCACUUCAGAUAGCCAUUUCAUAUUUGGCAUGCAUGUGUAUAUGGACAAGGCCUUUCCAUACGCAUACAAAUUUUGACCCCUGUGACCUUGACCUUAGGGUCCGCGUUUAGGUUUCGAAAUCUGCGUUUAGGUUUCAAAAAAGCUCAUAACUUCUAUCAAGCGUUUAUAGGGGGCAUAAGUCAUCCUAUGGCGACAGCUCUUGUUAUAGAUUGCUAACAAAUAUAAGCAUAACAACAUUUGAAGUUAUAACAUUUUGUGGGAUUUACCAUCUCUCCCAUCAAAAUGUGGAAAAGUUUUUCAAAGGAGAAUAUUAAAUCAUAAAAGUCAUUGAAGUUAAAGAUUGUACAAAAAUUUUAGUGUUCAAAAAUUCUAUGUACAAGUGUUUUUUUGAUCAAGAAAGCCAAAGCGAUUAUGUGGUUCUUUUUUAAGGUUAAUGUUUUUGAAUUUGUUAAUUUUCUGUGUUAAUGUGAUAUGUUCUAUUAUUGCUUUAUUCAUCCCUCAAUGUGUCUCUCAGGCCUUUUGUAAAUAAUUAGAACUGUAUACAUGGAUCUUAAACACUAAAUCAUUUCAUCUUGGUUGUGGUUCUUUAUAAUGAUAUUCACUUAACUAUCUCUUCUUUUCCUUGUAAGUGGAAUAUAAUGUCUCAACGCAAACAAAACCCAAUCUGCUCGGAAACAAAACCAUUUAUGUGAUUGCAGUGGAAUGUGAAGAAAAACAUUCAAAGUACUUACAACUAUAGGGAAGUUUUCAGUAACUUGUUUCUUCUUUCACUAGCAUUCAUGUGUAUGUAUGAUAAAGAAAAAAAAUGACACUAGCAGUGAUUUUUUGUUUCAUUCAAAGGAUCAAAGUGUGUAAUUUCAUAAAUUGUAUUGGUCUGUUUUUUUAACUAAAUAAAUGCCCUCAUCAGAAGA